AUGCCACCUAAAGCGCAGAGAGAGAAAAAGGACAAGGCCAUCGAGGACAAGACAUUCGGUCUUAAAAACAAGAAUAAGUCGGCCAAAGUCAGUCGAUAUGUGCAAGAAGUAACUAAACAGGUUCAACAAUCUGGUAAUAAAAAAGAACGAGAUCUAGCUGAACAGCGCAAGAAGGAGCAAGAUGACAAGAAGAAGGCAGAAGAGCAGAGAAAGGCUGAGCUUGCCGAGCUUUUUAAGCCUAUUAUAACCCAGCAAAAAGUUCCGUUUGGUGUGGAUCCCAAGACAGUCCUGUGUGCAUAUUUUAAAGCAGGCCAAUGCCAAAAGGGCACACGAUGCAAGUUUUCUCAUGAUCUAAAUGUCGAACGUCGAUCAGUAAAGUUGGAUGUGUAUACUGACACUCGUGCCAAAGAAGAGGACGGGAUGGAAGGCUGGGACCAGGAGAAACUGGAAGAUGCUGUUCGUCAGAAAAAUACAGGAGACAACAAAAACAAGCCCACAGAUAUUGUGUGCAAGUAUUUUAUUGAUGCUAUUGAAUCUCGUAAAUACGGCUGGUUUUGGGAGUGUCCGAAUGGAACCAAGUGCAAGUAUCGACAUGCCCUGCCACCUGGAUUUGUGCUCAAGAAAAAGGAGACGGAGGAAGAGCGCCGAGAGCGCGAAGAGAACGAAAAGGAGAAUCAAAUCACGAUUGAAGAUUUCUUGGAGACAGAGAGACACAACUUGGGAACAGGAUUGAUUCCAGUGACGGCAGAGUCAUUUGCCAAAUGGAAAAUGGAGCGCAAAGAAAAGGAGAAGCGCGAGCGUGAAGAACAGCUUCAAAGUAAAAUGGAAGAGUUUAAAAAGAUGAAGGCCGGCAUGAAGACGGGCAUGUCGUUCUCUGGUAAAGAACUGUUUGACUUUAAUCCAGAGUUACGAGGGGAUGAUGAUGACGAUGCAGAUGCAGUGGAUGACUACACAGGGUAUUAUAACCAAUCAAACGAAGAAGAAGCGUCGGAAGUUGUAGUGGAAGAGAAUCUAUUUGAAGAUGUUGCAGGACUAGAAGAUGAAUAA